UGUAUGCCUGCGAAUCAUAGACCUUAGGUUUCAUACUUCAGUGCUGCUAACGUAUUUAACUUCAUCUUUGCCCGAGAUUAUAAAAUUGAAUACGUCACGUAACUUGACGUUUGACGUCGCUAUGAUAGUUACAUCACUAGCAGUUAUCUUCGAAAGGUCGGGAGGGUCAGGUGGAAAUAGUUCAAAUAUACACGUAUAUACACGUUAAACAAACAACGAAAAUGUUCUCCCGCGCCCUAAAACCUGCCGCCCUUGCUGUACAAAAUGGUGCAAAGAACUUUUCCACCACAUCACAGAGGAACUUUAAAGUGGUGGUCGCUGGUGCCGCCGGUGGUAUCGGCCAGCCUUUGGCCCUUCUACUGAAGCAGAAUCCUCUGGUGACCAGGCUGGCUUUAUACGACAUAGCGCCUGUGACCCCCGGCGUCGCAGCCGACCUUUCCCACAUGAACACCCCAGCCAAGGUCAGCGGCCACAAGGGACCUGAGGAGCUAUCAGCAGCCAUCAAAGAUGCUGAUGUUGUAGUCAUCCCAGCAGGAGUACCCCGUAAACCGGGAAUGACCCGUGAUGACCUAUUCAACACUAAUGCUUCCAUUGUCCGUGACAUUGCUUUGUCCAUUGCUCAGAAUGCACCCAAAGCUAUUGUGGCCAUCAUCACAAACCCUGUUAACUCUACAGUGCCUAUUGCCUCUGAAGUGCUCAAGAAGGCGGGAGUGUACGACCCGAACCGCGUGCUCGGCGUCACCACUCUGGACGUAGUCCGCGCUGCCACCUUCGUCGGCGAGAUCAAUGGCGUGGACCCGACCUCCGUCGCCGUCCCCGUCAUCGGCGGUCACUCCGGCAUCACCAUCAUCCCCAUCCUGUCCCAGUGCCAGCCGGCCCUCAAGCUGAGUGACCCGGCCAAGAUCAAGGCGCUCACCGAAAGGAUCCAGGAGGCUGGUACCGAAGUUGUGAAGGCGAAGGCCGGCGGCGGCUCCGCGACCCUCUCCAUGGCGUACGCCGGCGCGCGGCUCACGGCCUCCGUGCUCAGGGGACUGAAGGGCGAGUCCAACGUGGUGGAGUGCGCCUACGUCAAAUCGAGCCUCACGGAGGCCACGUACUUCGCCAGCCCCGUGGUGCUCGGCAAGAGCGGCGUCGAGAAGGUCCUCGGCUACGGGACCCUCAACGAAUUCGAGCAGCAACUCCUGAAGGCGGCCCUCCCUGAACUCGCCAAGAACAUCAAGACCGGCGAGGACUUCGCCAAGAAGUAAACGAAUAAAUAAAACAAAAUGAAACAUUAUAAACUGACCGACUUGUAAAAAAAACGGUGAAUGAAGUGAAACUUCUUGUUCGAUGUGUACAGAGUAUUGUGGUUUUCUUCAUUUUUUUCAUUCUUAAAUUUAGAUUGCUCUUGUAAUAGGGAAUUGCUGUGUAUAAGAGACGCGACAUCUUCAACAUUUAUAUUACACUAGCGACCCGCCCUCGCUUCGCUUCGGAAACAUUAAAACACACAUGAAACCAAAAAAAUAAUUAAAAAAAGUAGCCUAUGUUCGUCAGGGACAAUGUCGGCUUCUAAUGGAAAAAUAAUUGUUCAAAUCGGUCCAGUAGUUUCGGAGCCUAUUCGAAACAGACAAACAAACAAAUCUUUCCUCUUUAUAAUAUUAGUAUAGAUAAAUUUUAAAUUAUAGAUAAACAAAUAAUAUAUAUUUUUAGGACGCUUCUCGUUGCUAACGCUCGCGCUGGACUGUAGCUACGCGCAUGCGCACGAGUGCCGCGCAUUCCCUCUCGCUCUGUCUCUUUCUAUUCCCCCUCCACAGGAGCGUUAAACGUUUAACUCAACCUUGUUGGAAGUCGCAUUAGAAGUUUCACUUCAAAAAUGAGUGUGUUCAAAAUUUUGUUAAGUUCAAUUAUACAUAUACAUGUUUGUCAGUUUAUUAUGUUUAUCUUAUGCGAGUGGACGAGGACUUGUGCACAGUACUAAAGUCUUACAAAAAUGUAUGACAGUAGCGUCUAUAUUGAUAGUAGACAAAACUGUCUGUGUUGAUGUAGACGUGUGGACAGUUCAACGUGCCCUGUCCGGUCUGGUAGCGGCGGUUAGGUGAAAAUGUUAUUUUCACAUUAAAUAUUCAAAUAUACGUAUGUUAUUUACUUCACGUAAUAGUCAAUUUUUAUUUAUUUUUUAGUAAAUUCAAAUAUAAUAAAUACCCUAUGGAAGAAAUGUAGACAGUAAUACGAUUAUUACAUUGUAUAUACAUCACAUUUUUCAGAACGUUUCCGUUUUGUUUUUGUAUACGAAAUGUGAGUUGAAUAAAAAUAUGACAAGAGUAUUUUUGAAACUAUGUAGAUUUAUUGAACCUUACCAAAGUUACCGUCAGUGUGUUUGUAUGUACAUAUUUGUUCGCGGUUUGUGUGAAAAUAAAAUUAUUAUAUAGUU